UAUGAGAACAUCUGUUAUUUUUAUUAUAUUGUUAAUCGCUUUAGCAACCACUAAAAGAAUUGAAAUACUCAACAAGGCUUAAAUAAAGUAUAUUCAAGUAAAAAUCGAUAUUAUUUGAUAAACAGAAAGAAGUGAUAAAAAAUGAAGAAUUAUCUUAAAGAACUUCCUUAUUAACCCCAGAAGAAUAAAAGAAGGCUGAUGAAGCAAAAAAGGCAGAAGAAGCUAAGAAAGCUGAAGAAGCUAAAAAGGCAGAAGAGGCUAAGAAAGCUGAAGAAGCAAAAAAGGCAGAAGAGGCUAAGAAAGCUGAAGAAGCUAAGAAGGCUGAGGAGGCUAAGAAGAAAAAAGAAGAGGAGGAAAAGAAAAAGAAAGAAGAGGAGGAAAAGAAAAAAAAAGAAGAAGAGGAAAAGAAAAAAAAGGAGGAAGAAGAAAAGAAAAAAAAAGAAGAAGAAGAAAAGAAAAAAAAGGAGGAAGAAUUAAAGAAAAAAAAAGAAUAGGAGGAAAAGAGAAAGAAAGAGGAAGAAGAAGAAGAAGAAGAAGAAGAAGAAAAGAAAAAAAAUAAAGGAUAAGAAGAUGAAAAAGAGAGAAAUAAAAGAGCUGAAUAUUAAGAAUGUAUUAAAGAUGAAUGUGCAUAAUUUUUUAAAGAAUGCAAUGAUGAUUGUGUAAAUAGACUGAAAGACUGUAAAUAGAAAGCUAUUUAUGAGGGUCUCGAUGCUGUAAAAUAUGGUUUUAAUUGUAGUAUAAUUAAUGUGUCAGAAAUAACGAAAAGGCCAAUUCUUUAAUAAAAUGCAUUCAAAGUAAUUGUUAAGAAUGA